AUGCUGCCCACGAUGGUGCCCAUGCUCCACAUGCCCAUGCUUCAGGUGGCCAACGACUGGCCGGCCGCCUACCCGCAGAAGGCCGCCUGGGGCAAUGUGGAGCCGGUCCAGCCGGCGCAGGAAUCGCCUAUGGCGAUUGUGCUGACGGAGGCCGGUCCCGUUGCGGUGUGCCUGUCAGAGCUGCUCGCCGGAGUGGGCGCCCCGGGGUGGGAUGAGCGAUCCGUGCACGAGGGAGUGGGCCUUGGUGGCAGGGACGUGUGCAUGGUGGACGCGGAGAGGGUGGUGAAGCUGGAGGAGUCGGUGCCGAUCGGCGUGCGCGGGGUGGGAAUGCAUGAGCCGGCGUCGCCCAGCAGCGGGGGAGUCAGCUUGCCGGCUGACCUGAGCGGCGUGCUCACGGAUGGCGGGUCCGAGCCGCGCAGGGCGGCCGGCGGCGGGGACGGAGGCGAAGAUCCCUUCCACAGCGGCGGGGACGACGGCGACGACGUGGACCCGCUGGCGCUCAGCCCGGAGGAGCGCCGUAAGCUGCGCAACAGGCGCGCACAGCGCAAGUUCCGCGAGCGCCAGCGGGUCAGGAUUGCCACGCUGGAGGAAGAGGUCAGGGGGCUGCAGGGCCAGUUCCGCCAGUUGCAAGUGGAGAACGCGAAGCUGAGAAAGGAGAACGAGAUCGUCAGGUCCGUCCUGGGCAACGAUGAGCACGUGAUGCCGGUCAUCUGCUAG